GCGAUAAAGGGCGGCGGGAGGCCCCGGGGCAGGAGUGGGCACAUGGGGGUCAAGGUCUGUGGGUGCCAAGCGCCAUGGGUUAAGCCCCAAAUCGAAAUUCGGAAAACCCUCCCGACGCUCUCGCCCCGUCCAUCAUGUCUGGAGACAAACUCUUGAAUGAGCUGGGCUACAAGCUGGGCCGCACCAUCGGGGAGGGGAGCUACUCCAAGGUUAAGGUGGCCACCUCCAAGAAGUACAAGGGCACGGUGGCCAUCAAGGUGGUGGACCGGCGGCGAGCCCCUCCGGACUUUGUCAACAAGUUCCUGCCCCGGGAGCUAUCCAUCCUGCGCGGCAUCCGCCACCCGCACAUCGUGCACGUCUUCGAGUUCAUCGAAGUGUGCAAUGGAAAGCUGUACAUCGUCAUGGAGGCCGCCGGCACCGACCUACUGCAGGUGGUGCAGCGCAGCGGGCACAUCCCGUGCGCCCAAGCGCGCGAGCUUUUCGGCCAAAUCGUGGGCGCCGUGCGCUACCUGCAUGAUCACCACCUGGUGCACCGCGACCUCAAAUGCGAGAACGUGCUGCUGAGCCCCGAUGAGCGGCGCAUCAAGCUCACCGACUUCGGCUUCGGUCGCCAGGCGCACGGCUACCCGGACCUCAGCACCACCUACUGCGGCUCUGCCGCCUACGCGUCGCCCGAGGUUCUCCUGGGCAUUCCCUACGACCCCAAGAAGUACGACGUGUGGAGCCUGGGCGUCGUACUCUACGUCAUGGUCACCGGCUGCAUGCCCUUCGACGACUCGGACAUCGCGGGCCUGCCCCGCCGCCAGAAGCGCGGCGUCCUCUACCCCAACGGCCUCGAGCUGGCCGAGCGCUGUAAGGCGCUCAUCGCCGAGCUGCUGCAGUUCAGCCCGUCCGCGCGACCCUCCGCCGGCCAGGUUGCCCGCAACAGCUGGCUGCGCGGCGAGGCUUGCUAGCGCCCACCCUCGCGGGGCCCCCCAAUCUCCUCCUCUCCUCUUCCCAGGCUACCUGACCCUCACCCCCGACCCCGCGUAGGGGGAGCGGCACGAGGGCGCACGGCGCCCAGGGGGAGAGGAACAGGAAACUCUCCUGACCUCAUCCCCUCCACCCCUUUUCUCCUUUCUCUCCCGCCCCCCCAGUCUAGGGGCGUGCGAUAGGGGACCGUCCCUCCCCCCCCCACGGGAUCCGGCGGUAAUGGGGGGUUGGGGGUGGGCGAGGGGUGGGUUUAGAAAGGGGCAUGACCAAGAUGCUAGGGACAGAGCGAGGAAAAAAAAAUAAAAAAGAGGGUCCAGCCGCGCAGGGAGCCCGGAGGAAAUAAAAG